UCCAUUUUGCAAACCCAAGCCGGCAAAAUUGCGUAUUUGUAUAAAAUUUCGAAUUGUGCAGGCAACUUCAUUUAGAAACUAUGGACGAAAGUUCCGCUGUCAAGGCUGACGAUAGUCAGAUUCUGGAACCUGACGUCAUGGACGUAUCAAUGGAGGUGGAAAUUAAUGAAUUUGAGAAGCCAGACAUAGCAGACAUGCUUCUCAAAAAUCCAGACAUCACUGAAACUGGGCUCGAUAAAACAACAAAUAGUCCCAACCCAGUGCUCGGUAAGUCAGAUAGCUCAGAAUCAGAGAUAUCUGUACCGGAGGAUGAGGCUGCAUCCCGUUCAGACUCCGAUGUGGAAAUGCUUUCCGCCAAAUCCGGUGCAAACCAACUCAGCAGUGCCGGAAAGGAGACCCCUUCUAGGAAAGCCCGAAGGACAAAGGAACGCCCCACUCCUUACGAUCAACCGCAACCGAAGCUCAACUGGAAAUUGAAUCUGCGCAUCCUGAUCUCGAAUCUGUACAUGAAAAGCGAGCAGCGCCUGCCAGGAGCAUGUGUCCCGAAGUGUCUUCACAACUCGCCGCAGUGCGUCGAUAAGCACCGCUGUUCAAUGCUUCCAGAUGCCCCUAACUUUAUAGCCGUGCAGGCCUUGCGGACUACGCUACAUGGCCAGCACUAUGAUACAUUUCUAGACAUCCUCGAGACUAUGGUGUUGCAGUGCGUCUACCCCGGCGAAGGAGUAUUCGAUAGACUCAUAGAUAUGACAAUGAUCCUUAUUGCUAAAGACAUCAGCGUCAAAGAGUUGGCCGAAACCUACAAUAAGCUUAUCCGCACCUUCUACCUUCUGGUCGACGCGUUUCCACCCUGCUGGACAGCCCUACGUCCGUAUUACCUCAAUUUCUUGGGAAUCAAGAAGCCUUCUUUGCGUGAAAAGCGGUCCAACUCGGAGACUCCGCAAAAAAUGCAGUUCUAUCUGGAUCUCCUUGAGGAGAACCUGAGACAGUGUAAUGAAGAAGAAAUCCGCGAAAAUACCAAGUUCUACGAACGAUUCGUGUUCAACUUCUCCGAGGAGGAAGAUGCCAAUAUGUCGCAGGAAACGGUGUUCCUCAGGCAUGUCCAGCAGUACGACUGGUUGAGUGGCAAGCUCUGUUUGGAUGAUUUUAAGAAAAUGUCGUCAUCGGUUCAGCUGGCCCGCCUUUGCGACGUCCUGAACAUGCUGACGUGGGUGCUGGAGUAUGAGUUCCUGACCUGGUUGGAGCACAACCGGCUGCGACAGUCGGAGUCUGAGAUGUUUCAGGAAGACACCAGGCCCUUCGUUGCGAUUGUGUUUCAAAUGACGGCCAGCACGCGUCUCACUGACAUCGUGAAGCAGGUGAUGAAGUUGUACGGCAUAGCAGCCGCCAAAUCCAUGUACCCCGAACGCCUCAGAAUUCUACAGCGCCUCAUCUCCCUCAUAGUGGAAGUGAGCAACACGGCCGAGCUUAAGUAUGUUGACAACGCUGUGAUCUAUCCCAACUUGGGCCCGCAGACUCGAUUAUUGAUAAGCGACUUUUUCAAAAUAUUCAAAUCUCAAAACCCCAAGCACAUAAGCACAUACCUCAAGAUUAUCCCCCAGCUGGAUCACCCAUACCUUCGCUUUGAGUUCACGGACCACUUUCUCCAACUGUUUUACUUCCCAAAGAAGCUUCCGUUCUGUCCGGAAAAGGUGUGUAAAGAGUUCACCGACCGUAAUUGGCUAAAGUAUAAGCCAAAGAGCGAGAUUGAAGAAGAGGAGCAGGACGAACUGCUGUCCCGCGAGGAUUACCUGAGGAUUCUGUUGAAUGCCCUGGUGGAUUAUGACAAGUGGAUGAACCUGGCUGGCUUCUGGAAGUGCCUGAAGAACAAGCAGUCCAUAAUGCCACUCCAAACCAGGACCUCGAGUACUUUGGCCACUCCGGUGGGUAUGAUAACCGGCGGCCAGGGCAAGGUCUUUAUGCUGGAUGAGAUGGAGAAGGAGGUGCACACGUGGAAGAAGCGCAUGAACACCAAGAUGAUAUUGGGCAGGCCCGAAGUGCACCUACCAGUGGCCAGGAUCAACGUGUCCAAGAUGUGUCUCCGCUAUGGCGACGAUGUGCGCAACCUGCGACAUCUGCGACGAGUCCUGAUAAAUGGUAUCCAGAAGGAGCUGGAUGUGGCUGAUUGGCUGACCUACCUCGACAGGGUCCUGGGCGAAGAGGACCCCAUUUCGCAUCCCGCUUCCGCGGCCGAAUCCGACUCUUCGUCUUGAGGGUGUAGGCCUUAGGUUCAUAAGUUCAACCAACCACAAGUUCAAAAGUUUAUUUAGCUAGCUGUAAGCGAUCUUUGGGUUAAGUUCGAGAUAUUUUUUGUUUGUUGGGACUCCAGUAAGAACGAGAUUGGGAUUUGCCAUUUGUCAUUCUUUUCGUUUCUGUAUUUCUCCGUUGCAAAUAUAUAUUUAUGCUGUAACUAAUACACAGUUUACGUACACAUUUACAUAUAAAUACAGCUACUACG